CGCAGACAAAGAAGAAGAUAAGAAAGAAGAAGAUAAUUGAUUAUCUUCUUUCUUCUUCUUCUUCUUCUUCUUCUUCUUCUGUUCUCUUUAGUUUUCAUUUGUUUUUAUCUGUUAAUUUGUUUCUUCUUAUUUCAACAAUAAAAUGGAUCUUAGGUCUAUUCUUCUACUUUCUACUUUUGCUCUUUGUGCAUUAACAGCCAUCGCACGACCAGCUGCAAUCCUCUCUGGUGUUUAUAACGUAGACAAGUUUGGUGCCAAAGGCGACGGCAAACACGACGAUAGCCAGGCAUUCCAGGCGGCAUGGGUUGCAGCAUGUGCGGAUUCCGGCAGUCCAACCAUCGAGAUCCCCAACAGGAAAUACUUGGUGGGACCCCUUCAAUUCAUGGGGCCAUGCAAGAACACCGGUACUUUAACGAUGAAAGUACACGGAAAGGUUCUGGCUUCUACCAACAUGAAUCUGUACAAGUCACAAGAGUGGAUACUCUUUGCUCACGUCGACAACGUCAAGCUGACGGGAACCGGGACCUUCGAUGGGCAAGGGACAUCAGCUUGGCCGCUCAACCAAUGCCCCUUCAAGAAGCAGUGCAAGAUCUUGCCAGUUUCACUCAAGUUUGCCUUCAUGAAGAACACUAGAGUUGAGGGAAUAACCUCGUUGAACCCCAAGUUCUUCCACAUUGUUCUUUUGAACAACAUCGGCUUUCUGAUCCAGAACGUCCAUAUCACAGCCCCAGGUGACAGCCCCAACACCGACGGCAUCCACCUUGAGGGCUGUGUUGGUGUCAAGAUCCUGCAGAGCGAUAUUGCGACCGGCGACGAUUGCGUCUCUGUCGGACAUGGCAACACUGACGUGUAUGUCAAUGGCAUCAACUGCGGGCCGGGCCACGGAAUCAGUGUGGGCAGCUUGGGCAGGUAUUCUUACGAGAAGGAUGUGAGUGGUCUGGUGGUAACUGGCUGCACACUCACUGGCACCACCAAUGGUGUGCGAAUCAAGUCUUGGCAGGCGUCUCCACUCAUCACCUCAGCCAGCAACAUGACCUUCGAAAAUAUCAUCAUGAAGGACGUCGCCAACCCAAUCAUCAUCGAUCAGAACUACUGCCCCUUCAAAACCGCCUGUGCUAAAGCAGCGCCUUCACGCGUCAAGAUCAGUAAUAUAAAAUUCAGCAACAUCAGAGGAACAUCAACCACACCGGUAGCAGUGAAUCUGCAGUGCAGUGCUGGUUACCCCUGCAAGAACGUUAAAGUUCAGGAAAUUAACCUCAGUUACAGGGGCUACGGAGGGCCUGCAACCUCCUCAUGUUCCAAUGUCAAAGCCUCAUACGGUGGAAGGCAGGUUCCUCCUCCAUGCAAGUGAAGAACGUCCCACAACACCAAACUCCACUCACUUAGCUCGCUCGCUCAGCAUGUUCAUGUGCUUCAGAGUGCAGCGGUUAAUUAGUAAAUGGCACGCAUGGCCUAAGAUGCAUUGAUUAUUUUUUCUCUUUAUUUUGAUGGAACCCAAGUGGUUCUUAUUAUGUAAUACUAUCUUGCAAUUGCAAAUGCCCUUUUUAAGGCUUCUUGUUUAA